UUGGGAAUUUGCUGGAACUCCUCCUGCCAGAUCUUAGUUUCGCAGCGUUUGUGUCAUGAAGCUGUUGCUGCUCUGUGCAGUCUUCUGCUGGCUCUUUGCCCACACAGAAAACAGAAGGAACUAUGGUCGCAAUCUUGCCUGCCUGACACACAACAGAUACAAACACGAGAGCUCCUGUCCCGGGCCACGUCGCAUCUUCUAUGCUUUUCAUCGCAUCAUCUUCAAUUGCACGAAGGUGUUUACGCGGUGCCCCAAGUUUCACAGGCACAACGAGUAUCCAACUAUGAAGACGUGCCAGGAUGAUUGCUACUUUCACAUGAAAAUCCCAACGACAAAGAAGCCAGCGAAUGACUCGGGCAAUGCCACCACAACCAAAGCGCCAGCGGGUGACAAAAAGAAAGGCAAACCCAAGUCGGGCCUAGAGGAUGUGGGCACUGGUGAGGAGCAAGACGAAAAGAAGGAGGAGGAGAAGGAGGAGAAUAAAGAGGAGGAGGCGAAGGCGAAGGAGAAUCCAGCAGCACUCAGACGUGCAAAUCCUUACCUACUAGUGGGUCGCCGAGGUGCUGCCAAAAAUCAAAAGAAACAGUCGCCACGUGUGCCAAGUAACUUGACUCAAAGGCGUAGAAGGAGAUCGAGAAGAUAUCAUUAAAUGAAAAAUGUUUGGCUAAGG